AUGCUGCAGCAACAACAACUGCUGCAGCAACAACCACAAGCGCGCAACAACAACAACAACAAGCACGGCACGAACCACUACAACCGCAGCACCAACAACCACAACGGCUGUCCCAACAACCACAACUGCAGUACUAGCCACCACAACUUCUUCACCAACCACAACUACUGCACUAUCCACAAUAACUACAACACCAACAACCACAGCUGCUGCAUCAAUAACAACAACAACUGCUGCACCAACCGCUACAACUGCUGCAUCAACAACAAGUGCGGCACCAACUUCUACAACCGCAGCACCAAUCAGCACAACCUCAGCACCAACCACAACAACUGCUGCACAGACAACCACAACUACACACCAACCACAACUGCUGCACCAUUCACCACAACAACGUCUGCACGAACAACCACAACUGCAGCACCAACCACAACUGCUUCACCAACAUCCACAACUGCUGCCACAACAACAACAAGUGUGGCACCAACCACUACAACCACAGCACCAACAACCACAACAACUGCAGCACCAACAACAACUGCUGCACCAGCCACAACAACUGCAGCACCAACAACAACCGCUGCACCAACCACAACUGAUGCACCAACAACCACAACUGCAACAACAGCAACCACAACUUCUGCAACAGCAACAAAUGCAUCACCAGCCACAACAACUACAGCACUAACCGCAACCACAGCAACAACAACAACUGCUGCACCAACCACAACAACUGCUGCACAAACAGCCACAACUACAGCCCCAACAACCACAACGGCUGCACCAACCACAACAACUACAGCACCAACAUCCACAACUGCUACAUCAACAAGUGCAGCACCAACCACUACAAUCGCAGCACCAAUCACCACAACCUCAGCACCAACCACACCAACUGCUGCACAAACAACCACAACUACAGCCCCAACAACCACAACUGCAGCACCAACAACACCAACUGCUGAACUAACCACAACAACUACAGCACCAACCACAACUGCUGCACCAACAUCCACAACUGCUGCAGCAACAACAAGUGCAGCACUAACCACUCCAACCACAGCACCAACAACCGCAACAACUGCUGUACCAACAACCACAACUGCAGAACCAGUCACCACAACUUCUUCACCAACAACAACAUCUGCAGCACCAACCACCACAACUGCUGCACCAGCCACAAUAACAGCAGCUCCAACUGCAACACCAACCACCACCAGUGUAGCACAAACCACCACACCCAUUGCAACAUUCACCACUACUUCAAAACCAACCACAACACCAUUCACCACAACUCCAACUGGCAGAACAACCACAACAACCACCUCAACAAUGUCAACUGCAGCCACAGACACAUCAAACUCUACAACAGUGCCACCCACAGGUGCAGCAACAAGUGCCACAAUAACAAACCCAACCACAUCAACAAUGACAAACACAGCUAGUAUCACAGCCAAAACAACUUCAGCAGCACAAUCAUUCACAAAUGCACCAACACAUUUUUCCACAACCACCUCAAGCACAUCAUCAACAACAACCACUGCAGCCACAACCAAAACAACAUCAGGAGCACAGUCAGCCACCACAACAUCAACAACCAGUAGUGCUUCUAGUGUCCGAAUGGGCAUGCUUCAUGUGUUGGUUUUACUUUUUGUUGUCAUUGUGUGAAAAUCAUGACUCUGAAGCAUCAAGAAUAAAUUCAGGGAUUCUCAAAGUCUCACUUUUCAUGGGAAUUAAGUAUUUACAAUCAAACAGAUCCAUUCAGAAAAUAUAGAUUGAUUAUAAAAAACACAUUUGUAUAGCUAGUAAAGCAUUUUUGUCUGAUAUUAUUUAUAGAUUUUUUGUUGUUAAUUUUAACAAUACUUAUAUAUGGAUUAACAAGGUUUCUCUUUGAUUGUUAUUGUCUGUAUUUGUUGCUUGUUUGUAGUCUUUUUUUAAUUUAAGGCUUUGCAGUUGUUUCUCACUAUCUUCUAUUUAUUUAAACCUGCCUAAGAUUCUGACCAAUGAAUUUUUGCUUAUAAAAUAUCUAAGUUGUGCAUUUUUGUGACCCUUCAAAAUAAAUCUGUUUUCAAAAAUUG